GUAGUAUAAUAACUUCAAUUUGACAAAAUAGUUUGGAGUUUGUCGCCUCUGGAGAAGAAGAAGAAGAAUAGAGAAACAGGGAAAAGAUCCAAAGUUUGUGAAAUUAUAAGGAGCAAUUUGUGUAUUUUUAGAGUAAGAAAAGGAAAGGGAGAAACGAGAUCCCUACGAAGUCGGCAACUAUGGCGUCAAAGGUGAUGCCGUCAGCAUCAACAACGCCUAAUUCGGAUCGUUCAUUACAUCCCCAAAACCCAUCUUCUUCUUUAAAUCACUCUCAUCCUUCUAGAAACUUCGAUUCUAUGAACAUGGAUGAAAUUCUGAAGAACAUUUACUCUGAUUCCGACCCUUUUGCUUGUUCUGUCUCUGCAACCGCCGCAGUCCAUACACCUUCUGCUACCGCCGCAGGUGGUGGUGGUGGUGUUGGGGAUGUGGGGCCUACUAAGACUGUUGAUGAGGUGUGGAGGGAAAUUGUAGCAGGAGGAGGGGGAGGGAGUAGGGAGCCGGAGAUGACUCUGGAGGAUUUUUUGACCAAAGCUGGGGCGGUUACAGAGGAGGAUGUUAGAGUUCCGGUGAUCGCUCCUCCACCACCUCCGCCGCCGCCUCCAGCCACGGGGGCUCCGUCUGCCAGAGGGUUUGUGGUGGAUAACAUGAUGGGUACUGGGAAUUGUCAGUUUCCGGUGGCCAUGCAGAAUGGACCAGGAGGGUAUGGUAUGGAACCCCAACCCCACAUGGGAUUUGGAAAUGGGGUGGUGGCUAUUACAGGGAGUGGAAGUGGGAGUGGAAGAGGGAAGAGAAGGUCAACUGUGGAGGAGUUGCCGGCUGAUAGGGCUACACAGCAGAAACAGCGACGGAUGAUCAAGAACAGAGAGUCUGCUGCCAGGUCUAGAGAGCGAAAACAGGCUUAUACUGUGGAAUUGGAGUCUUUGGUUACACAAUUGGAGGAGGAAAAUGCAAGGUUGUUGAGAGAAGAGGAGGAAAAGAAUAAGGAGAGACUUAAGCAGAUCAUGGAGAACCUGAUACCAGUUGUAGAGAAGCGAAGACCACCAAGAGUUCUGCGAAGAGUUCGAUCUAUGAGCUGGUAGGUUGUCUUCAUAUCUCCUUAGUCAUGGUGCUUCUGUUGGAGCUGCUGAGAACUAAGAGAAGGAAGAGGUUGUUGUGGUUACCAAAAGGAAUUGGGACCGUAUAUAGUUUGUAGUUUUAACAUAUUAGAUAACAGAAACGUUAAAGAGAGCACUUCCAGACUGAAGCUGAGAAAAGCUGCAAAGUUCUAUCAUGAAUUAUGGUAAUGUAGUAUAAGUAAGAGGCUUGUAAGCUUUCUGUAGUAGGAGAGAAUAUACUGUAGUUUUAGCUUCCGCAGGCAUAUCAUGCUGGUUGCAGGGAAGGGUUAUAUGUCUAUACUACCAACUAAUGUUACAGUAGUAGUGUAUGUUUUACAAUAAGAGGUGUUCUUUAUUUAUACUAGUGUUUAUGUUCCAA